UGCAACGAUUGUUCAAUUUGAAAACAGGCGGUAGUGGUCUGCGGUGCUAGCAAACAAAUCGAAAAGGUAGUUCUAUUUAAUUCCCAAACUAACAACUUAUUUUAAAGUUUAACGUCGCGAUUUAAAAUGUUGUUUGUUUAAAAAUAUAAUUUUUUGACGAGGCGUCUCUUUGGAGCUUUAGAUAUUAACAUUUACACGUUACGUUUUUACGUUGUAUUAGUUUUUAACAAGCAAGCACGACGGGAAGUUAGCUAGUGAUACACAAGAGACAGAAGUGAAAACAGCCCGCAGUUCUUUAAAGUUCGGUUUUGGUUGUAUAGAAAGAAAACAUGGAUGCAGACAACGAAAUAGACGUCAAGGAGGCGUUUCAGCGCGCCCAGAAAAGCCACAACAACAAGGCGAAGCUGGUGGCCAGCCUGAAAAGCCGCUACAACAAGCUCGAAGACAAGACUUCAUUCCACGAGGAUUUUGUCAACUGCUUGAAACAUGCCAUGAUUGUCUACAAGCGUGAGCCCACUGUGGAAAAUGUCAUUGAAUUCGCUGCGAGGUUUGCCACAAGUUUCCAAGCUGCCCCUAAAGCCGAAGAGGAAGAAGAAAAACGUGAGGAGGAGGAAGAUGAAGAGGAAGAAGACGAUCAUCCUUUUUUGAGUUUCAUUUUCAACUUUCUGCUAGAGUCUCACAAGGCCAGCAGCCAUGCGGUGCGCUUUCGUGUGUGCCAACUGAUCAACAAACUGCUGGGCAGCAUGGCUGAGAACGCUCAGAUCAACGACGACCUCUUCGACCGCAUCCAUCAAGCCAUGCUAGUUCGUGUCACGGACAAGUUUCCCAACGUGCGGAUACAGGCCGCCUUGGCCAUGACCCGACUGCAGCAACCAAGUGAUCCUGACUGUCCCACCAUCAAAGCCUUCAUGUUGAUCCUGGAGAAUGACACCAAUGCUGAGGUGAGACGCGCCGUCCUCUCCUGCAUUGCCAUGUCUCCUCGCACUUUGCCCAAAGUACUAAAACGCACCCGUGAUGUCAAAGAGAAUGUUCGCAAGUUAGCCUACCAGGUCCUGGCUGAUAAAGUUCAUGUUAAAGCUCUGACCAUUGCGCAGAGAGUGAGUCUGCUAGAGCACGGACUCCAUGACACAUCAGAAGCCGUGAAGGAGGUGGUUUGCUCCCGUCUGCUGCCUGUCUGGUUGCUCCGUCUGGAUGGAAAUGUGGUGGAGCUUCUCUAUAGGCUGGAUGUGGAGAACUGUGCCGAAACGGCUCUAGAAACGCUGAAAGCCAUAUUCAAAGACAUGGCUGCUGACGAGUUGCUGCAGAACAGAAUACAACUGGACAACAGGAAGCUGAUCCCAAUGGACUCUCUGACAUGUGAGAAUGUGCUUUACUGGCGAGCUCUGUGCGAGUUCAUCAAGGGAAAAGGAGAUGAUGGUGAUGAAAUGUUGGAGCGAGUGUUACCAGAUGCUGCUACGUACCCAGACUAUCUCUCCGGGUAUUUGCAGAGAGUACCGGUGCUGUCGGAGGAGCAGAGGGCUGACUUGAACCAGCUGGAGUUGGCGAUGACCAAGACGUUCAUCUCCCAACAGCUCAUCCAUCUAAUCAGCUGCCUGGACACCAACGAGGAGGGUGGCAGGAAGCGUGUUCUGGCCGUGCUGCAGGAGAUGUUGGCCCUGUCCCAGACGCCCUCCUCGCUGGUGGUCUUGGUCACAGAAAAGCUCCUCACACUCGUGUCUGACGAUCACAGACGCAUUCAGAUUGUCGCAGAAAUCAUCUCCGACCUGCGGGUGCCAAUCACAGAAGCGAGUCAGCCACUGGAUGAGAAUUUGAGCCGUCGCCAGCAGGUUCAGCUAGCAGAGGUGAAGGUGCGGAUUUUGGAGGCCAAACAAGCCUUGGAGGAGUGCAUUGCAGGACAGGAUUUCAAUCGUGCUGCCGAGCUGAAGGAGUCCAUCACAGAGCUGGAGAAGGAGCACAAGGUCAUCCAAGAGCGUGCUCAGCCGGCCGACAUUGAGAUCCCCACUGAGAAGAACGACCCAGAAACUCUGCUGAGGUGUCUGAUGAUGUGUGCUGAGCUGCUGAAGCAGAUCAACUUGAAGAACAGAAUCGCCCCAACAAUAAGCGCCUUGAUGUCAUCACUGAUUCUGCCCAGCAUUGCCAGUGUUCACCCCGCUGUCCGUAGUAUGGCGGUGGUCUGUCUCGGUACAUGUGCUCUGCACUGCAUGGACUUUGCCAAGACCCACAUGGUCCUCCUGCUACAGAUUGCGCAGCUCGACGACGUCAAGAUUCGUAUCAGCGCGCUGCGAGCCGUCAUCGAUCUGCUGCUGCUGUUCGGCUUCCAGUUGCUCUCGGAACCCGCGGCUGGUCAGAAGUCAGCAGAGAGGAUGGAGGAAGAGGAGGAGGGAGAAGUGGCUAAGGAUACAGCUCAGAGCAUCAUGGUGAUGCUGUCAGAGUUGCUGGAUAAUGAGGUGGCGGAGCUGCGUACAGAGGCGGCAGAGGGCCUGGCCAAACUGAUGUACAACGGCCGCAUGUCCAGUGCCAAGAUUCUCUCCCGUUUGAUUCUGCUGUGGUACAACCCAGUCACAGAGGACGACACCCGCCUCCGACACUGCCUGGGCGUCUUUUUCCAGCUCUACUCUCGCGAGAGCAGGGCUCACCAGGAAGUUGUCGAGGAGAGUUUCCUUCUGACUGUACACACUCUGUUGAAUGCUCCCGCCACGUCCCCUCUCGCGGAGGUGGAUGUGAACAACGUGGUCGAGCUGCUGGUGGAACUGACUCGUCCGAGCGCACUCGUGAAGCGCUCAGCUAACACGGAGGAAGUGUGCGUCCAUGACUACUUGGCGGUGCGCAUAUGCGGGGAGAUGCUAAAGGACCCCACCGCCCCCGGGGUGCGUCUGUACGCCAAGACACUCAACCACCUUGAGCUUAGCAGAGACGAGACGGUCAAGAAAGACCUGCUGUCGCUUCUGCAGCAGCUUGUCCAGGUGGUGAAGGACCGCAUCUGUCUCCGAGCUCUGGAGAAGAUGAUUUCUUACCUGGUGGAUUCCAAAGAACAAGCCGAGCUCCUGAACGCCACCGCACUGCAGCCACUGGAUGUCAACGCUGAUGAAACGGCAAUGGAAUGUCCAUCUAAAUCAGCCAAAAAAGACAAAAGGGGUCAAAGGAAGGUGUGUACAGCCAAAGGAGGCAGAAAACCAAGCAAGUCAUCAGAGGAGAGCGACGGAGAAAACGUUCCUGACUCGGUCCCUGCGGUGCGACCUUCACGUAGGGCCAAGACUGCAGCCCUGGAGAAGACAAAACUGGAUCUAAAUCCCCUCAUCAACCAGGAGGCUAAUAUUUCUUAGAAAAUAAAAUAACAGUGUACAAAUUUAUAUUGUUUAAGUACACAGUAGAUCAUACAUUUAUUCCGGUAAGAUUACUUGUAUAUGGUAAAUUGAACAAAAAUAAAGGUGCAUGUAAUAAA